AUGGAACUGUUUCCCAACUUCAGACUGAUCAGAACGAGGGAUAAGGCCGUCAUUGAGACUGGCGACAUCGUCUACGACGUCGGAUUCGUUUGUGAUCCGGCAGCAAACAGGUACGACCACCACAUGGGCUGGUUCAAUGAGACAUUCAGUCCGAAAUACGACAUCAAGUUGUCUAGUGCUGGACUGAUCUACAAGUACUUUGGCACCGAUGUGCUUGAGAAGAGGGGAGUGAGGCGGCUGCUCAGUGACACCCUCUACGACUUCAUCGUCGAUAAAGUGUACAGGGACAUCUUUCUACCAGCAGAUGCAAUUGAUAACGGAUAUGAACUCCCUGGUGGAAUUAGGGUGAGAUCAAUUCAGGAUGUCGUUGGCUCGUACAACACGAAUGGUGGCACGGCCAACUACCACCAGAAACAGGACAGUCGAUUCCACGAGGCCCUUGCUGUGGUACGGGCUGACUUGGUGAACUACCUUGACAACCUGUGUGGGAGGUACGUUCCGAAACUGGAGGUGGUUUACACCGAAAUGAGCAGAUUGAGGAGUACGAACAUUUAUGUAGCAGAAGAUGCCUAUGAUACGCAGUUGAUCAAGGAUGUGGAGGAAAUGUACGAGUUCAACUUGGAUUACAUGAUACUGCCUAGGAGGGAGAAGUACGUCAUCUACUGCUUUACUAAGAGGGGGAAGCAGUUUGAGUCAAAGAGGCCACUGAAGAAGGAGUGGAGAGGGAAAGAAGGAGAGGAGUUAAAGAGGAUUUCUGGGAUAGAAGGAAUACAGUACGUGCAUGCAACUGGAUUCACUGGGGCAGCUGAGACACUUGAAGGGGCAAUUACGAUGUGUAGGGCAGGUAGUAAUAAUAGUAGUUAG